AUUCACAACACAUAUCUAGACAUACUGUAUAUAUAUAACCAGACUAAUAAACUAACAUUCAAACUGGCCUAGACAUCCCUACAAUGGGUUCAAAAAAUCAUCGGAUACAUCAAGUAAGGAAUGUAUUUAUAGUUAUAGCCUCUGUGAUUUUAUUAAGUGCAAACAAUGUUGAUGGGAAAAAAGAUAUUGCUCCAAAAUCGCAAGGUGCUGAAUAUGCUGCAAUCAAUUGCAGAGCUCAUAGUGCUAGUUUAACAGAAUUCGGAGGAGUAGGUGAUGGAAAAACAUUAAACACCAAGGCUUUUCAGGACGCUAUUAAACAUCUGAGUCAAUUUGAAUCACAAGGCGGAUCAGAACUCAUUGUACCUCCUGGAAAAUGGUUAACUUCAUCGUUUAAUCUCACGAGCCAUUUCACUCUUUUCCUCCACAAGGAUGCUGUCCUUCUUGCCUCCGAGGUUGAGACCGACUGGGAAGUAAUAGCACCCUUGCCCUCAUACGGCGUAGGAAGGGAUACGACUGAGGGAAGAUAUAUUAGUCUUAUAUUUGGCACGAAUCUAACUGAUGUCGUUAUAACAGGAGAAAAUGGAACCAUUGAUGGUCAAGGUCGGAUCUGGUGGGACAAGUUUAAAAAGAAUGAGAUUAAACACACACGACCUUAUCUGAUAGAAAUUAUGUUCUCGACGGAUAUUCAGAUCUCCAAUAUUACAUUGGUUAACUCUCCUAAUUGGAAUGUUCAUCCGAUAUACAGCAGCAAUAUUAUUAUACAAGGCAUAACAAUUCUGUCAGAUUUACAUUCCAAAAAUACUGAUGGGAUCAAUCCAGACUCUUGUAGUAAUAUACGAAUUGAGGAUUGUUACAUUGAAUCUGGAGACGACUGUGUUGCUGUAAAGAGUGGUUGGGAUCAAUAUGGUAUUGCAUUUGGAAUGCCAACGAAACAGCUGAUAGUGAGGCGGCUCACUUGCAUUUCCCCAACUAGUGCAAUGAUUGCUUUAGGCAGUGAAAUGUCAGGUGGAAUUGAAGAUGUUAGAGUUGAAGACAUCACAGCCAUAAACACGGAAUCUGCUGUCAGGAUCAAAACUGCUCCAGGAAGAGGUGCAUAUGUAAAGGAUAUAUAUGUUCGAGGCAUGACAUUGAAUACCAUGAAUUGGGUAUUUUGGAUUACAGGAAAUUAUGGGCAACACCCUGAUAAUAAGACUGACCUAAAUGCAAUUCCUGUGGUUGAAAAUAUCAACUAUCAAAAUGUGGUUGCUAAGAACGUGUCAAUAGCUGCUAGGCUGGACGGGAUUCCUGGUCAUCAAUUUAAGGGGAUCUGUAUAUCAAAUGUUAGCAUUGAAAUGGCACCUUCAGCUACACCACCUAUAUGGAAUUGUACAGACGAGGUUGCUGGGAUGACGACUUCUGUGACUCCACCGCCUUGUCCUCAGUUGGCAGCUCAGGGGCCUCCUGCCUGUAAAUUUGUAACAGAUAAGCUGCCCAUCGAAAAUGUUAAAUUAAAGAUGUGUCCAGUACCAACUGGAGGAACAGCACCCGGGGCUCAACCACCUACUCCAUCAGCAUCCGCUCCGACAGCUUUUCGAGGUGUAGCAUCAACUCUUCCAGGAGGAAAAGCACCAUCAGCUGCUCCCGAAGCACCAUCAGUUGCUUCCGUAGAAAAUUCACCAUUACCUGCUCCCGGAUUAAAUGCACCACUAGCUGCUCCCGGAUUAAAUGCACCAUUAGGUGCUCCAGCAAACUAAGCUAAACCUUCCUCUAGAUGGGCAAAGCAUUGGUGUUUUUAGUAUAGGAAAAACCAACCUUCACCGAACUAAUUUUAGGAUCUUAGAACUAAAAACUUCAUAUUCAUUGAAUCUUAGAAUUUUAGGAUUCUAAUAAUUUCUUACUAGUAUUUUUUUUUCUGCAAGGACAUUUUAAAUAAGUGUUGGUGUAUUGAAUAAAAUUAUAUAUGCACAACAUCUUAUUUUGAUG